GCUGAGUGUGUGGCUGAGAGAGACUGGCAAGCAGAGGAGGAUGAAAUAGUAGCCAGUUUAACAAGAAAAAGAAGUUUGAGCUUGAACAGAUUCAACAAUUCUUCACACACAGACCUCACUUACCUGUAUUGUCUUCUAGGUUGCCUAGAAACACACCAAGAUCCCUUAGGUUGCCUAGCAACUUGCCUAGAUCUCUAAGGGUACCUAGCAACCUUACAUCAUCACCUAAGUUGUUGAAUAACACAUCAAAAUCCCCACAUCCCUCUCCCAAAAUGACCAUUUCUGGCAACAUUGGGAAAUCUCCAUUAUCCUCCCCUUCACACAAGGGGAUUAAGAAACUACAAGUAGGAGGAGCUAAAAUUGAAAGUGGGAGUGGCAAGUUGCCAGUGGGUGUGAAAAGUGUCAAUCAAGAUGUAGCCCCCUCCCCCAAGGUGGUGCAGAAAGAGGAACUGGAAGGGUUUGCAGUUCAAGUUGCUGCACUGGACAGAGCCAAGCAGAUGUCAGACAGAAGAGCUGAGAAACUUGCAAAUGUUGUAAGAAGAUUGAAAGAAAGAAAAUUCAAUAUGCAUUCAGCCAAUACAAAGCUGACUGAGCAGUGCACCAAAGUAAAAGGAGAUAUGUCAGAUGUCCAGGAGGAGUUGAUCAAGUCAAAAGAGGUAAUUGCACAAGAGAAGAAGAAAGCUGAACAUUUAGAGGAUACACUCCUGGCAGAAAAAUAUGAGCACCAGUUGGAGUUGAAAGAAAUUUGGAGAUUGGUCCACAGAGAGGUAGAAUUGGAAUAUCUCUCAGAUUCACAGAGCCCACCUUUAGGUCAGUCGACAGAGUCAUUGAAGGAACAAGUGACUAGAGAUAUCAAAGUUUUACAGUCACAUUUAGCUCAGAGUAAGGCAACACUCAGAUCUCUGAAAAGUCGUGGAGUCUUCAUAUUGCCAGGGUUAAAG